GUGCAAAAAAUAGAUAUUUCAAGCGAGCAUUCAAUUGUUAGACGAACCAUGUCGAGCAACAAGAUGUCAAAUAAAUUAAUUGCACAAACAUUGUAACAACGUUUUGAUUGCUGUUCAAAUGGAAUCCAAAAUUUCGUGACUGCAUUUUUGGCAUACGUUCAAUAUUGCAUAAAUAUCAUGUGGCGAUGGUGUCGUUGGCAUGAUGCACUCGUUCAAGUAGAAAAAAAAAGUGAAAAACUUUUAAAAUCACGUUUAUGAAAAAGUCGAUCGGCGAAGUGGGCAUUUUAAAUAGUUGUGCCUCCGUUCCACCUUGCACAUUCAAAGCAACUCAUCAGACGGAUAUAUCCAUCGAUAUUAAAAGACAUAAGGAUAUUCUAUUUGCAUUUUUUUUUUCGCUUCAAUUGUGUUGUGCCAUUUUCUGUGCAACUGUGAAGUGGUGCUCAUUACAUAUUAACUUUGUUACAAUAAUAAUAGACACUUUUUUGUAGCAAUGCAAACAACAAUGUGAUUCAGUGUGGAAAACAGAAUUGACUGUUCUCAUUUUCGAAACAAUAAUCGUUGUAGUAGUAAUAAUAACAAUAAUAAUAAUAAUAAUAAAGAAAACCAAACAUUGCAUAACCAUAUUUAAAUAGGUGCAAAAUGCGAUUGUGAGACAGCAUAAGACAGUGUGCAAAAUUGAAAUAUAAUCUAAAUUUCAAACAAGUCGAUAUAGAAUACCUUUUUUUUAUUCAACUCUGAUCCAUUUGGUGAAAUCAAAUUUGUGACCAAAGUUCAAUAAAUAUUGCAUUAAUAUUUCAAGUGUGCCAAUAAAAAAUUACGAAUGAAACCAAAUGAAUAGUAAUUUAGAUAAAAUAGAAUGCAAAAGGAAGAAUUCAUUGGAUUUGUUACUGCCCUCACUAAAAAUCAAUAGUGCACUCAUUCUUUGGAUGUAGUUUCAUGGAAUAGACGCAAAUAAAGAGAGACAAUAAAAAAGUAUAUGAAAAGAAUGGAAAAAGAUGCAAACAAGUAAAAAAAAAUGUUGAACAAAAAAAUGCCAACAAAACCAAUUCAUAGCGCUGCAUGAGAGACACAUUCCAAGGGACUAAGAAUUUGCUACAAGUGUUAAAUAGUGAUUCGUUGAGCAAUUAAUUUUGAUGUUCACUCCUUUUGACACGAUGACAAAGUACUUAUCAUGAUAAGUUACGGAAACUCUUUAAACAUUGAGGGAUCUUGCUUUCACCCUUUCUCUCUUUCAUCCGACUGUUGUUGUUUGUGUCCUUCUUUUCAUUCAACGGUAGGCGUUAUUAAAUGCUCAAUUUGCAUAAUUCGGAUGGCAUGUAAUGCGGUGGUCCCGAUUACCACAAACUAAACGCAAAAAGAAAGGAACUCAACUUGAAAAUGAGACGAAAUAAAAACGUGCGAUACACACAAAUGUAAAUAUGUUGUUGCGCGCCAACAAAAAAUUACACGCUUAAUUGACACAGCAAGAGAGAGAGAGAGAGUUAAAACGCAACUUCUUUUUAUCACGUUACAAAUUUAAAUGUUUCGUCGGUGUUAUAUUGUUGUUUAGCUUCCACGUAUUUAAAUUUUUAUAUAUAUUUUCAGUUCGUGUUGUUAUUGUUAUUUAUCUCGAUUGUCUUAAGAAAUAAUGUUGAAUAUUAAAUUUCACGCAAGAAAGUGUUCACAUAAGUGAUUUUUCAAAUGCCUUCAUUUGGUCAAUGCACGAUACCGACUGCGAAUUUAGUUGUUGUGUUGAUUUUAUCAAGAUGAUAAAACAAGAAACCUAUUUGAAAUGUAAUUUAAUGUUGCCGUCACUUUGCGUGGUCGUACAACGUUUAUUAUAUCGGAAGCGUCGACACGUCACAUCUUGCUACCACUACAGUAGCCAUGGACUGUUUUAUGUGCUUUUGUUACUAAUUUAUAGCCAUAGUUCAUUGCAAUGGCCAGCGACUGUGUUGGCCGGUGAUAAAACAACAGCAAUAACAACACCAACACCAAAAACAACGAUAAACCAAAUCAAAGUCAACAAAAUUAAUGAAUAUAUUACGACAUCCAACGAACUGAAUGGCAUUUUAGCAGCUGUUCGAAUGGACGAUACCGAAGACGAGUAUUUUGAAGACGAUCAGGAUGACGAUAAUGAUUACAAAGAGCUAUUAUCAAAUAAAUCAGCAAAAGGAAUGUAUGUGGGAUCACCAUGCGACGGAUGGUGCAACAUAAAAUUGCAUCAUGUCAUUUGUGAUAAAGCGACAAAUACUUGUAUUUGCGAAAAAAAAUAUCCAGUCAUAAUCGGUCUAACCAAAGGAUGUGCCAAACCGAAAAAACUGGGAGAACAAUGCUUUUAUGAUCAAACUUGUAUGCAUAAUGAUAUAAAUUCAUUGUGUAUUCAAAUUCGACAUAAUGCAUUGUGCCAAUGCGUACAUGGAUAUCAUUCAGUAAGUUACCUGAAACCGACUAAACGUGUCUUUUGUACGGAGGAUAUGUCGACACUGACAUCCGAUUUACCGACAUUGCUGGGAGUGUCGACGGGAAUCGCUGUUUUGGCCGGUCUCAUUUGUAUGGUUUUGCAUUUAUUCACCAAAACCAAAUAUCCACGACAUCGACAGUUCACUGACAAUAAUUUACCUCCGCCAAUUAUGUAUUCCAGUGAUACAGUUCAUUCAGCUCGGCCAUCGUCACGUUCGAGCAUCCGAUCAAAUAAUUCAUUUGGCUCGUUUAGCCAUCGUCGACCGUCGUCAGCCCCGCACACAAAUUCGUCCGGCAGCAAAGGAGUUUUAGUAUCAACAUCACGUUCAGGUUCAAGAAGACCAUCUCUAGCAUCUGUGCACAGUACAAGCUCAUCGAUAAAAAGCUAUGGUGCAGCCCGUUUUGAAAAAGAGCUUCAACAAAAAGAGAUGCGCCAAGAGAUGAAACUCCGUUUGACGCGUUUACAACAGCAGCAACAAUUAAUACAAAAUAAACCGCAUAUUAUAAUCACUGAUCCGCAUGUAAUCGGUGGCGCUAUACCGAAAACAAUCGCCUUAAAAACUCCUAGUCCGCUUACGCCGAAUUCUCUGGAUGAACUUUUACCGUGUGUCAUUGAAACGGCCGAACCACCGACGCCAGUAAAACUGCAUCGUUCAGAAGCAUACACCGGUCUAUGUAAAUCAACACUUAGUGACGAGCUAUUUAAUUACAAAAAAACUACGUAAAGUUUAGUCGUAAUCCAUUUGUUUAAUUCAUAUACUUACACACACACAAAAAACGAUGUGAAAUUCUAUUUUAAAAAAAGGUACUGUGUACACGAUUAACAUUCAUUUGAGGAAAUUAAAAAAUAAUAAUAAUAAUCGAUUUUGAUAAAAAUACGAAUUGAAAAUCGAUUUUCAAUAUUCUAUGGAUCCAAAUAAAACUAUAAACACAUCAAUUCAAUCGUGGAGUACAUGAUCAAACCAUAGACUUCCCUUUCGGUUCGUCAUUACAUUAUUUUCCAGUCAGCAAACAAACUCAACACUGACCAACAUAUUUUGAAAAAAUUAUUCAAAUUGAAAAGAUUUAUAUUACAUACAAAUACACAUAGAAAGGCAGAAUUGAUGACAAUGUAUGUUACAAAUAUGGCUUUUAUAUAUGUAUGAAAAUAGGAAACCAAAGAAUUUGAUCUAUGUAAGUCAAUCAAUGUAUUUAAAAAAAAAGAGGAAGAAGUCGCACAAUUUAUGUUUUUUGUUUUUCAUUUUUCUCUUCGCCAAUUUCAGCUUAACAUUUUUCCUAUGUAUUCAAUAUGCUUUGACGUUAAUACAGAUAAAUUUAAUUUUUUGCCAUAAAUGAAUUGCAUAAAGCUAAUGUGAUCGUUUCAACCAUGAUCGAUUGGAGAAUUAGAAUUUUCACUACAAUACAAUGAAUUUAAUUCUAUUUUUAUUCAGUAAAAUUGUAUUUAGGUGCUAACGUUAUUUUUUAUGAAUACAAACAAAAAUAAACAGGGCGGGUUGCUUUUCAAUCUCUACGACUUUAUAAAGCGAUAACUAUGUGUUAGACUAUUAUCAAUGAUUAUUUGAUUGGACUGAACUAUACGAUGUUGAAUAAAACGGAGACAA